AUGAAUUCGUUUUAUGUGGAGCGUGAUUAUCGCUUUCGAAUCGACGCGGACAUGAUGCUCGGACUAGAGGAGCGAAAUUGCCGCCAUGAUGCCAUCUCAGGAGCUGGUCCCUGUGGUGCAGGGCAUCUAACUACCAAUGUCGCUAAAUGGAAACAUCAACUUGAUCCGCUGAAGUCGAAAACGAUUCCGCAUAUUCCUGAGGCGCGAGGGUCGUCCAAAGAACACAAUGCCGGACCUUUCUCGAUCAUCAUUUUCCAUUGGCUGUCGCCACUAUUGUCAAUUGGUUACCAGCGUCCCUUAGAGCUUAACGAUAUCUGGAUGGUGAACCCUGACCGCGGUGUCGAAGACUUCGCUCAGAGGUUUCGCCAGACAUUGUUUGCUCGCCAGAAGGAUUCCGGCCGGUGGAAUGCCGUGACCGUGGCCCUUUUCGAGGUCUUCAAGAAAGAUUUCAUCGUUUCCGGAUUUCUUCAGCUCACCGCAGCAUGCUUACAAAUACUCUCGCCAUUCGUUCUUCGGUAUCUGCUUAUAUUCAUUCAAGAUGCAUAUGUGGCCAAACUGAACGGCAGCCAGGCUCCACCGAUCGGAAGAGGAAUCGGAUUUGUGCUUGGUCUGACCGGGAUGCAAAUAGUGCAAUCACUGUGCACUAACCAUUUCUUCUACCGCGCGACGAUGAUGGGCGGUCAAGCGAAGUCCGCCGUGACCGUGUGUAUCUUCAACAAAGCGAUGAACCUGUCCGGAAGAGCCAAAGCCGGCAGAAACGACAAGGAGAAUUGGUCGGAUGGUCGAAUAACAAAUCUUAUCUCAACAGAUGUGUCACGGAUUGAAUCAGGCUCACAGAUGAUUCACUGGUGCUGGACCGCGCCUGUACAAAUUCUUCUGGCGCUGGCGCUACUUUGCGUGAAUAUCGGCUACAGUGCGCUCGCUGGAUUCGCGUUCCUGGUGAUAUUGACGCCUUUGCUCGGACGCGCCAUGAAGACUCUGAUGGCUGCUCGACAUGAGAUCAACACUCUGACGGAUCGUCGGGUCAGAAUCACGCAGGAGAUGAUCACGGGCGUGCGGCAUAUAAAAAUAUUUGGUUGGGAGGCUAGCUUUCUCGACAGACUCGCAACAGCACGCGCGCUCGAGGUCAAGAAAAUCUUCCACGUCCUCACCAUCCAGAAUAUGCUACUUGCAGUGGCCUUGGUGACUCCGGUGUUUGCUGCCAUAUUGACAUUCAUUACGUACAACUACUCCGGGCAUGGAUUUGAUACGGCACGGAUAUUCUCCUCAUUGGCGCUCUUAAAUGCAUUGACGACACCACUGGAGUAUCUACCUCUGGCUGUGACCCAGGUUAUCAACGCUAACGCUUCCUUGAAGAGAAUCAGCGAUUUCUUUGAAGCCGAGGAGUACAAAGCUAUCUCCCCCAGCCCCAUAAAUAGUGACGCGUCAGCCAUCACGGUCGGCCAAGCUGGGUUCACUUGGGAUAGUAACGAUGCUCAAACACGACGCGACCCGGAUGCAAAGAGAAAGGAUAAGCUCGGUGCCGGCGAGAAGGGCGGAGAAGUGUCUAAAACUCCAGUCGAAGACGAGCAAGCAACAUCUACUAUUCAAGAAAAUACUCCCUCAAAGAUCCCUUUCGAGCUUCAAAAUAUUGAGUUUUCUGUUCGCCGAAGAGAGCUUGUUAUGGUUGUGGGCGCAGUAGGUGCAGGGAAAAGUUCGCUCUUGAGCGGCCUCAUCGGCGAGAUGCGCCAAACUCAAGGGAAUGUUUCGCUCGGAGGAAGCUCAGCAUUCGCACCUCAAUCGGCUUGGAUACAAGACGCGAGUGUUAAGGAAAAUAUCCUCUUUGGCGAAAGCUUUGAGAGCGCAUGGUAUGACGCUGUCGUUGAUGCGUGCGCCUUGCGGGACGACUUUGCUAUUUUGAUGGCUGGAGACAACACCGUGGUUGGCGAAAAGGGAAUCACCCUAUCUGGGGGACAAAAACAACGAAUCAAUAUUGCCAGAGCAGUAUAUUCCCGACGAGAUAUCGUCUUGAUGGAUGAUCCGCUUUCUGCCGUGGAUGCUCAUAUUGGCAGAACUAUCAUGGACAAAGCGAUAUGCGGCUUGUUGCAACACAAGUGCCGCAUACUUGUGACACAUCAGCUCCAAUUUCUCAAUCGAGCAGAUAGGAUCAUCUGGAUGGUCGCUGGUCGGAUCCACCGGAUGGGCUCAUUUGAGGAGCUGCUUGCGGAUGACACGGGAUUUCAGGAAAUGAUGGCCAAUGAGCUCAAGAACAACGAGAAUCAGCUCCAUCCCGAGGGCUCGGUCGAAAAACAACUAGACGAAGCUCAAGAAAAGCCAGCGCCGCAACCCGCAGUGGAGGUACCUGCAAGCAAGGCGCGUGAAGAAGAUCGGGCAGUCGGUCGACUUCGUUCGGAGGUUUAUCUUGACUUACUACGCGCGACUGGUUCCCUAUGGAAUCUACCGAUCGUCCUCAUUGUCGUGGCCAGCUUUCAAGGAUCCAGCAUCAUCACCAGUCUUUGGUUGUCCUGGUGGACCUCUCAGAGAUUUACGCUAACGACUGAAGCAUACAUCGGGUCAUGUCUUGCAUUUUGCUUCGCCAUUGCUUUCUCUUUCUAUGGAACUGAAGCGAGUCGCACAAUGCUACAAAAAGCUGUAGCAAGAGUUAUGAAAGCACCUGUCCGCUUUUUCGAUACCACUCCUGUUGACGUUGAUACGCUGGACAACACUCUCCCCAACAACUUGAGGAUGCUCUGCUGGCUCUCAGCCUACUAUCGGGCAUCUGCUCGGGAGAUCCAGCGGCAUGGCGCAGUUCUCCGCACCAUUACUGGCGUGAUAACUAUCCGUGCGUACGGCGCGAGUCCACGCUUCGAACGCCGAGUCUCGGCUGCGUUAGAUUCCAUGAACGCGCUACAGCGGUGGCUUUCACUGCGCUUGGAUGUAGUUGGAAUAUUUUUGGUUUUCGUGGUUGGGAUCCUUCUGGUCACCUCCCGGUUCGACGUCAGCCCGAGCAUAGGAGGCGUUGUUUUCUCCUACCUGAGCGUACGACAGACGGUCAAUGUGGAGAAUAACAUGAAUUCGGCAGAAAGACUUCACCAAUACAGCAAGAAUCUUGAACAAGAGAUCUCGAGUCCAUCAAAUCCUAUGCCCAACUCCUGGCCGGAACAGGGGGAGAUCAAAUUCAACAAUGUUCGCAUGCGGUAUCGGCCUGGACUGCCGCUCGUGCUCGAGGAUCUAUCGAUACAUAUCAAGGCAGGCGAGCGGGUAGGUAUUGUGGGCCGCACAGGCGCCGGAAAAUCUUCUAUCGCCGCUGCGAUCCUGCGUCUGACCGAAACAUGUGGAGGAAGUAUUAUGAUUGAUGACGUCGACAUACGAUCGAUCGGACUCGACACAUUGAGGUCACGACUUGCGAUGAUCCCUCAAGACCCAAUGCUCUUCCAGGGAACAAUCAGGAGCAACCUGGAUCCGUUUGGCAAUUAUCCAGACUCCGAGCUCUGGACCGCCCUUCAUCGUGCACGAUGGGUAGUCACCGCCGAGGCAGAGGAUGAAAAGCGCGUUGACCUUGACGUGACGGUCGACGAUGAGGGCAAGAACUUUUCUCUUGGACAAAGGCAGCUAUUGGCCUUUGCAAGAGUACUUGUGAAAGACAGUAAUAUCGUCAUUUUUGACGAGGCUACCAGCUCAAUAGAUGUUGAAACCGAUCGCGCCAUUCAGCUUAAUAUGUUGGCGGUUUUGUCAGGGAAGACGGUGAUAUGCAUUGCGCACCGCUUGGACACUAUUCUAGGCUACGAUCGGAUCCUGGUUAUGGAUUUGGGUCGGGUCGCCGAGUUUGAUACGCCUGGGGCUCUUUUUGAUAGGAGGGGCAAGUUCUUUAACCUCUGUGAAAGAAGCGGCAUUUCCCGAGAUCAAUUAAGCGGUGCUCGCAGAGCUGCCGACAAACAUUGA